UGAGCGCGGAGGGGAAGGCACACACGCGCGCGCUUUUCCAGCCAUUCGCUGCAGAUGCGACUGGACGGGCUCCGGUUUUCUGGAAAUAACUACAAAAUCAACAGUCCUUGUGGCUUCUCAUUGGAGUCCGUCCUUAGCUUACAAGCGCUUGUCAAACUCUCCAGAAUGAACAGAGCAUUUAACAGGAGAAAGGAUAAACCCAGCAUGCACACACCUGAAGCCUUGGUGAGAAGUCAUGUUGUGUAUAAUGCAAAGUUCUUGGGAAUCGCAGAAGUGGAGCAGCCCAAAGGGACAGACAUGGUCCGUGUGGCCGUCAGGAAGCUGAAGUUUCAAAGGCACAUCAAGAAGUCAGAGGGGCAAAAAACUCCUAAAGUGGAGCUUCAGAUCUCUAUAUAUGGUGUGAAGAUAAUGGAUCCUAAAACCAAGGAGAUGCAGCAUAACUGCCAACUUCACAGAAUGUCCUUCUGUGCAGACGACAAAACAGAUAAAAGAGUCUUCACCUUUAUCUGCACAGAACCCGAGACGAAGAAACACCUGUGUUACGUGUUUGACAGUGAAAAAUGUGCGGAGGAGAUCACUCUUGCUAUUGGACAAGCCUUUGAUCUCGCCUACAAAAAGUUCCUAGAGUCUGGUGGAAAAGAUGUAGAGACGAGAAAACAGAUUGGAAACCUUCAGAAACGAAUUCAGGAUCUGGAGAUGGAGAACUCAAAACUGAAAAAGAAGCUUAAGGAGCUAGAGGAUCAGCUGCUGGAUUCUCGCUGUUCUCCAUCUAUCUUUGUCUCUUUCUCCCCAACCCCCAGUGCCCUUUUUCAGCACCAGCAUGUUAAUGUUUCUAAUGAGCCGUGCAUUUUGCAGAAGCCGCCUGCCUUGUCCUGGUGUGGUGAUGAUGUCACAUCACUGUCCAGCCUAGAGAUCUCCUCUGUCACUCUAACGCCUGCCAGCUCACCCGAUUCCAGCCAAUCAGCAAGCUUGCUCACCCCGCCACCUGCUAAGCCCACCCACUCAAAGCUCACAAGUGGUUGCAUCAUGCCACGACCUCGUGCUGGAAGCAUACAAGCUAGAGCGCCCUCUACUGACAUAUUUGAUAUGGUUCCAUUCACCCCCGAAUCUCCAAUAACAAGACGGCUGAACUGUAACAGCAUCUCAUCUCCGUACCUGCCUCCAAAAAAAGACAGAGAUAUAGACCUGUUUGGAAUAGAACCAUUUGAUCCGUUCAUUUGUGGACCUGCUGUCUUCACCCCAGACAUCCAGUCCAAACUGGAUGAGAUGCAGGAGGGGUUCCAAAUGGGACUGACUCUAGAGGGGACGGUGUUUUCUCUGGAUCAGGUGGACAGCCGAUGCUGAUUUUGAAAAGACAUUUUUGUAAAUGCUGUGAUUCUUGAUCACAAAUCUUUCAAAAUAUAUUGCAUAUUAAAUAUUUGAUUUUGAAUUGAGUUUGAAAGAAAUGUUGCAGGAGCCUCAAAAAAGUCUGUAGAGGUCAUUUCUAUUUUUAUAAGAUAAAAUCAGCAUUUAAGAUUGUACAUACAGUUUAUGAUUUGUGUAUUUUAUCUUCUUAAUCUUAUAACAAAAACUGUUGAAAAAGCUAGAUAAAAUAUGCUGUAGUCCUUUCUAGAAAUUUUCUAGAGUCCUGACCAAAUUUAGAUUGUUUAAAUUCAAAGAUGCAUUCAUUCAUUGCCAAAAGUUGUUUAGAAUCUUUUAUACCAAAUU